AUGCCUACUAUUGCAGUUGAUAAACAAGACUUGUUCGAUCUUUUGGGCCGCUCUUACACCACUAAGGAGUUCGAUGAACUUUGUUUCCAAUUUGGUAUCGAAUUAGAUGAAGAUACAACUGAAGAUGUUAAAGGUACCGAUGAAAGACCACAACUUAAAAUCGAAAUCGGCGCUAACCGUUAUGACAUGCUUUGUAUUGAAGGUAUUGCACAAGCUCUGAAUCAAUACUUGGGUAGGUCUCCAAUUCCAAACUAUACUCUUUCACCGGAAAAACCUCAAACUUCUUUGACAAUUAAAGAAUCAACCUCUCAAAUCAGACCUUAUGCGGCAUCUGCUAUAUUAAGAGGUAUCACGUUCACACAGAGAUCAUAUGAUUCCUUUAUUGCAUUACAGGAUAAACUUCAUGCUAACUUAUGUAGAGGUAGAACUUUAGUUGCAAUGGGCACCCACGAUUUAGAUACGAUUCAAGGCCCAUUCACCUAUGAAGCGCUACCUCCAAAAGACAUUAAGUUUACACCUUUGAAUCAAACAAAGGAAAUGAACGGUGAAGAGUUGAUGCAAUUUUACAAAAAUGAUAAGAAUCUCGGUAAAUACUUACCAAUCAUCGAAGGUUCUCCAGUUUAUCCUGUUAUUCUAGAUGCAAACAGAAAUGUUUGCUCCUUACCUCCAAUCAUUAACUCUGAUUUGUCUAAAAUUACCCUUGACACUAAAAAUGUUUUUCUAGACGUUACAGGUACUGAUAGAACCAAAGUUGAAAUUGUAGUGAAUACCCUAGUUGCAAUGUUCUCUCGUUAUUGUGAAACUCCAUUUACUAUUGAGCCAGUUGAAAUUAUCUCCGAACAUAACAAUGAAACUAGAAUUUGCCCUAACCUAGAAAUGAGAGAGUUACAAGUUGAAGCAGAAUACAUUAACUCGGUUCUUGCAUUGGAACUUUCAAGGAAAGAAAUUUGUGAUUAUUUGCUCAAAAUGUCCCUUUUUGCAACUCCAAACAGUGAAAAUGAAAAAUUGAUUGAUGUCAAAAUUCCAAUUACUCGUUCUGAUGUUUUACAUGCCUGCGAUGUUAUGGAGGAUUGUGCUAUUGCAUAUGGUUACGAUAACUUAGUCAAAACCUACCCUAAAACUGAAGCCACCACCGCUUAUCCAUUACCAGUCAAUAAAGUUGGUGAUAUUCUCAGAACUGCUUCAGCACAAGCAGGCUGGUUAGAAGUUUUACCGUUGACUCUUUGUUCUCAUGACGAAAACUACAAGUUCCUAUUAGAUGAUGAUGAUUCGUUAGCUGUGAAAUUAGAAAACCCUAAGACUGUCGAAUAUCAAAUCGUUCGUACAUCUUUAGUUCCCGGUAUCUUAAAGACUAUAAAGGAAAAUAAAAACCAUGCGCUUCCAAUCAAAGUCUUUGAAUCAGGUGAUAUUGUGUACAAAGUACCAGAAUCUGAGCGUGGUGCAGUUAAUCAAAGAAAUUGGUGUGCAGCUUAUGCCGGUAAAAAUUCCGGUUUUGAAAACAUCCAAGGUUUGUUGACCAAAAUCAUGCAGACCAUGAGAGUACCAUGGCUAGAAAAAGAUAAUGGAAAGAGAGGUUUCUGGACUGAAGGUUCAGAUGAGAAAAAGAUGUUCUUCCCAGGCAGGGGUGCAGUUAUUCUGUAUAGAGCAAAGGAUGAUGAAAAGGCAGUCAAGGUUGGUCACUUAGGUGUUUUACAUCCACAAGUAUUAUCUCAUUUUGAAAUUCCAUUCGCCUUAUCUAUUGUCGAAAUUAAUGCAGAAAUCUUUUUAUAA